GUAAUUUCAGUCAGGAAUGUUCGCGGUCAGUCCCUCACGUGACCGUUGUUGGGUCCUGACUCGUGCGGUGCGGUGCAGUUCAUCAUGGCGGCGAACAGCAGCAACAACACGAGCGGUAAAAGCGGCGGAAAGCAGCCCACGCCGUCCGCCGAGCAGGUGGUGGCUACGUUCCAGAGGAUGCGACAGGAGCAGCGCGGUAUGGCCUCAAAGGCUGCCGAGCUGGAGAUGGAGAUCAACGAACACAGCCUCGUCAUUGACACGCUAAAGGAAGUCGAUCCGUCGCGGAAGUGCUUUCGUUUAGUUGGCGGUGUGCUGGUGGAGAGGACCGUCAGAGAAGUUAUGCCUGCGCUGGAAAACAAUAAAGAACAGAUUACAAAGAUCGUGGAGUCGCUGAACUCACAGAUGCAGGCGAAAGGGCGGGAGCUGACGGAGUACCGCGAGCGCUACAACAUCCGACUAGUCGGAGAGGACGACAAGCAGGGCAAAGCGGACGCCAGUCAGGCCAAAGAGAGCGAAGGAGGAGGCUCUAAAGGCGGCGCCGGAGUGCUCGUCUCCUAGUGGAUUUCUCUAAACGCUGGUUAGAAAUCGUGGUGCUUUAGUAUUUGCGGAGAGACUGAGUUGGCAUGUUUCUAUUAAAUCUUACAGAAGGCAGUCGUAAAACACGAAAGAGAGUGAAAGUCUCGGUUUCCAUGCACGGUUUUUGUACAUUCAUAACCUUGAAACACAACUCACAACACCACCUUUCCCAUCCGAACAUUUCCAGCCGUUCGCUUUAGCAAAAUAAACUCAGUGUGAUUUCAACUAAACUGCUUUCCAUUGUUUGCUUUUCACUCCAGUUUGUUACAAAUAAAUAGGCAGUAAACAUGUUUCAUGUCUAAAUGGACUUCAUAAACUCAUCAUGUCAAAUAGUUUUUGAGGCUUGAUUUUCACUUCUUCUGCUUUGGGGAGAUGUAAUAUUUAGUAAUAUUUGGCAGGACGUCUCGUACGGUGAACUCCAUCGUUCUUUAUGUCACGACUGUACACCUUUGGACGAAGCCUUUUUAUGUGUUUUUUGUUUUCGUGGUUGUUUUGGUUAUUGAAUUAAAAACACAAAAUUGAGCAAGA